CGCCCGCGCUGCACCGCCUGGUUGCCGCUCUGGAGUGGUGAGGCCGGAAAACCUGGAGCCGAGAGGGUCUGGGCAGGUGGGGGCUGGGGUAGGGAGACUGCUGAACUUGGAUCGGAGCAGCACUCAGAAACUUGGAUCGGACUUGGAUCGGAAACGCGGUGCAGACAAGUACCAGCCCUCCGCCCUGAGCCCUUGUGCCGUUUGUCCCUACCUUCACCAGACACAGCCACCAUGGGGACGACAGCCCCAGGGCCUAUUCACCUGUUGGAGCUCUGUGAACAGAAGCUCAUGGAGUUUCUCUGCAACAUGGACAAUAAGGACUUGGUGUGGCUGGAGGAGAUCCAGGAGGAGGCCGAGCGCAUGUUCACCAGAGAAUUCAGCAAAGAGCCAGAGCUGAUGCCCAAAACACCUUCUCAGAAGAACCGCCGGAAGAAAAGACGAGUUUCUUAUGUUCAGGAUGAAAACAGAGACCCCAUGAGGAAAAGAUUAUCCCGAAGAAAGACUCGAAGCAGCCAGCUGAGUUCCCGGUGCCUCCGCAGCAAGGACAGUGUGCAGAAGCUUGCCACGGUGGUGGGUGAGAAUGGCUCUGUCCCGCGACGGGUGACUCGUGCUACGGCCGCAGCUGCAGCUGCCACUGUGGCAUUGGCUGCACCUUCGCCCACCCCCGAAUCUCCUACAGUGCUGACCAAGAAGCCUGAGGACAGCCUCGCCCAGGGCCAGCUGGUGCCCGUGGUAGAGAUAGGCAUCAAUGAGCGCCGGAGUGCUGAGCUCUGCAUCACCCAGUCCAAGUCCACCCAGGCUGUGUUUCAGACUCUUUCCCUAAGCUCUGCUUCAGCCACAGCUGUAGACUCUCAGGGCAUACUGACAUCAGAUGAAGAAUCAACACCCAAGAAGACAGAGGCUGGGAUACUGGAAUCUGUCGCAGUGAGCACCCUCAUGGCUACACCCCACGACCCCAAGGGUCGAGGGGUUGGGACAGGGCGGUCUGUCUCUAAGCUCAGGAUUGCAGGGUUGUCCCCGGGCCCACGAGACUCUCCUGGCUCUCCGGACUCUCCAUGGCGGCAGCGGGUGCUGGCACCCAUCCUCCUGGAUAACUCCUCCAUGCCCACAAGCUCCCAUGCGGACACUCACUCAGUGCGGCGCAGCCUGAUUGCCCCAUCCUCCCCGGAUCCCCAAGUCUCACUGGCCCAAAACUACUCCCUGGUGGCCCAAGAGGAGGGUACUGUCCGGAGGGCAAGCAAAAGGCUUGCCAAGAAAGCUGCCGAAGAGCCAGCAGCCUCUGCUCGCGUCAUCUGUCACAGUUACCUAGAGAGGCUUCUGAAUGUUGAAGUGCCCCAGAAAGUUGACCCCAAGCAGAAGGAGCCCGGCAAGAAGGCUAAGCCUGCAGAAUUAGCAGAGCCAGAGUCCCCUGAGAAUGAUGAGAAUAACUUAGGGCUCCACAGUGCCACCAAGACUGCCCUUAGUACACCCAACCAGAAGCCUACAGUCAGCAGCCAGGAAACACCCUCUGAAGGACAGCAAGAGGCCAAGACUGACCAAGUAGAUGGACCCAAAGAGCAACCUCAGAGUGCCAGGAGGAAGCGCAGCUACAAGCAGGCGGUGAGCGAGCUGGAUGAGGAAGCACACCUGGAGGACGAGGAGCUGCAGCCCCCCAGGAGCAAGACCCCUUCCUCGCCCUGUCCAGCCAGCAAGGUGGUGCGGCCCCUCCGGACCUUCCUGCACACGGUGCAGAGGAACCAGAUGCUCAUGACCCCGACCUCAGCCCCCCGUGGCAGUGUCAUGAAGUCCUUCAUUAAGCGCAACACUCCCUUGCGCGUGGACCCCAAGGUGAGGGGGCCCGAGAAGGAGCGGCAGCGUCUGGAGAACCUGCGGAGGAAGGAGGAGGCCGAACAGCUGCACAGGCAGAAGGUGGAGGAGGACAAGAGGCGGCGGCUGGAGGAGGUGAAGCUGAAGCGUGAAGAGCGCCUCCGCAAGGUGCUGCAGGCCCGCGAGCUGGUGGAGCAGAUGAAAGAGGAGAAGAAGAAGCAGAUCGAGCAGAAGUUUGCUCAGAUUGAUGAGAAGACUGAGAAGGCUAAGGAGGAGAAGGCCAAGAAAAAGGCGGCAGCCAAGAAGAUGGAGGAGGUGGAGGCACGCAGGAAGCAGGAGGAGGCUCGCAGGCUCAGGCGGCUGCAGCAGGAGGAAGAAGAGCGGCGGCACCGGGAGCUGCUCCAGAAGAAGAAGGAGGAGGAACAGGAGCGGUUGCGGAAGGCGGCCGAGGCCAAGCGGCUGGCUGAGCAGCGCGAGCAGGAGCGGCAGCUGGCCGAGCAGGAGCGCAGGCGGGAGCUGGAGCGGCUCCAGGCUGAGAGGGAGCUACAGGAGAAGGAGAAGGCCCUGCGGCUGCAGAAGGAGCGACUACAGAAGGAACUGGAAGAGAAGAAGAAGAAGGAAGAGCAGCAACGUCUGGCUGAGCGGCAGCUGCAGGAGGAGCAGGAAAAGAAAGCCAAGGAGGAAGCAGAGGCCCGCAAAGCCCUGAAUAUGACCGUGAACGUGCAGUCUCCAGCUUGUACCUCCUAUCAAAUGACACCACAAGGGCCCAAGGGGCCUCCCAAGAUCAACCCAGAUGACUAUGGGAUGGAUCUGAACAGUGAUGAUUCCACUGAUGAUGAGGCACAGCCCCGGAAGCCCAUCCCUGCCUGGGCCAGAGGUACCUUGCUCAGCCAGGCCAUCAUCCACCAGUACUACCACCCCCCAGACCUUCUGGAGCUCUUUGGAAUCAUUCUCCCGUUGAACUUGGAGGAGAUGUUCAAGAAGAGCAAGCCCCGCUACCACAAGCGAACCAGCUCUGCCGUCUGGAACUCACCACCCCUGCAGGGGACCAGGGUCCCCGGCAGCCUGACCUAAAACCUGAAGAAGCACUGAGGCAGGCCCACGGCCUUGUUAGGGCUCUCUCAGCUCCUGUUUGUGUCUGUCUGUCCGUCUCUGUGUUGGUCUGGUGCCCUCCGCCUGGUAUGCUGCUGCUGGGAGCUUGGUCAGGUGUACAUACAUGUUUCCUGUGUGCCGGGUAUUUCUGCUGCAGCUGGCAGGUGACCCCAGACCUGUUUGGGAGAUGGGCUUGGUGGGUGGUUGGGGAAGAACCAGGCCCAGCCCCACCUGGCCCGCAGACAGCACUCUGUAAAUAGACUGUUAUUUUCAGCUGCAUUUUAGUAUUUCAGUCUCUGAGAGCGAGAUUAAUAAAGUAUAUUCCCUUACACCUGCUGUUGGUAUCAUGGAAACUGAGGGCCUUAGCAUGGUGUCCUGGCCCCUGGCCCUGCAGCCAUAUGUCUUGGGCAUCAGAGGGCUGGAGGACCAAGCACUGUCCUGUCACCUGCAGUAUGCGUCAGGAUCACCUGGUGUGGGAGUCCCUCUCCCAGAGUGCUGCUAAGUGGGUGAUCCUAUUGCCAGGACUACCCUGAGGGACACUUAAGUUACUUUCGAGAUGAGGCAGGUACAGCUGCUUCCUAUUCUUCUGGGGCACUCCCUGUUUGUAUAGGGGACCUUGCUAGCAGGCACUGCUUCCUUCUGGCUCCACUGAAUUUAAGAUAGAACCUUCUGGCUCCAACUAGGUUUUUAAUAGCCUCGUGCUGCAGUGGGGAUAUGGGCCACGAGCUGUUGCCCCUGCAGCUCAGUCUGCUGAGCAACAGCCAAUGCUGGGUAUAUCCUGCUUGGGCAGGAGCAGCCUCUGCUUCUCCGGGCUUCCGUGCUGCAAACAUUCCUCCAGAAGGUUUAGGAAAGAAGGAAGAGCAGGUCUGGGAAGGGAAGCAAGAGGUUGCAAGCUAUCCAGAUCCAGGUUAUUGUCCUAUCUGAGCUUUUGGGAGCUUGAUUCUGAAAUCUGAGCAGCAGCGCCAGAGCUAAGCUGUGUCACCCAAGGCUUACGUGCCUGCUUUGUGUCCCUUACUACACUCACACCCCGGCCAGCAAAGCACAAAGUAGCUUACGUGGCCAACCCCAGCCACAUCACCACAAUGACAAAAUUCGAAAUUCCGAAUUCUGAAUUUUCUCAACCAAAGCAAAACACUGCAUAUUGCGAGGAGGGAGUGAACUCAAGUUUCUCAUAAAGGGGAUCCUUUAAAAUGUUUUUAAGCAAUUGCACCCUCAUUGGCUUUAUUGCAAUUUAUUAAGUCUGAUAGUGGAUAUGAAGGCAGACACUUUGAUUCAGGUUGAGUUGCCUAAAUCCAUGAAGCUUUAAUCCUAUUUGCCCAUAAACAAACUCAUCUACCUACAUUGCUUUUCUUUUUAAAUAAUACCUAUUCUUUUGCUCUUAAGAUGUAGGAGAGUUGAUAAUACCAGACUAAUUCCAGGUUAACCAUUCUGGGGUUGCCUAUGAAAGAAGAGGAGGCAAUAACCCAUGAGUGCUGUGGCAUUUUUCUGGAUCUCAGCUGAUUCUCCUUGCCAGCUUUGCCCCUGGCCUGAAAGGCUCCGGUCAAGUGGGGAACUUGUUUGCAUGGUCCCAGAGAAUCAGAGCAGGGCAACUUGAAGAGUGUUCAGUGUCUCUGAAUUGUGACUUGAGAAUAAUAGGCAGGGGCCCUUCCAGGGACUCACUCCUGCCCUGUAUGCCCUGGGAUACUGUAA